AAAAAAAAAAUCUAACUUUAGUUUGUAAUUUAUUAAAAGAUAACCCAAUAAUAUUAUCAUAAUAUAGCAUUUAUUAAUAUAUUAGGAAACAUUAAUACUUAUAAUAUAAACAAAAUAAAUUAGCUAGUUAGCAUGUCCUUAGUUAAUCCUUUUGAAAUUUUAGACAACAUUGGGAGCCCCAGAGUUUUUGACAUCCAUAGCUAAUAAAAUAUUGUGGCGUAUGAAUCAGGAAACGGCAUAUUGUUGUGGGAUUUAGAAGUUGAUAAGAAAGUUAAACUUCAUAACCAUGAGAGUUAAGUAUAAGCAGUCUUUUUUGGAGGAAGUUUAGAUGAUAAAUAUAUUAUUAGUUUAGAUGGAUAAUUUAAAGUUAGCAUUUUUAUCAGCGAAUGGGAUUCUCUUCGAAGAGUUCAUUAGAUUUAUGUUCCACAAAAAAAUAGGAAGAAACCAGUAAAAAGUGUGAUUGCUAAUUAUGACAAGAAAAACAGUUUAAUCCUCGUAUUAGAAAAUGAAGAUAAUGGAGGCUAUCGUUUAUCAGUGUGGGAAUUUAAAAACGAAAAACUGUCACUUUAAUUUAUCAGUGACAUAGAUAAUAAUAGCUGCGGGUUGUUUAUUGAUAGUUUCAAUAUUGUAGACUAAACUCAUUCAUCUUCAACAUAAAUUGCUAUUGCAGAAAAAAAUUGUGUGAAAUACUUCAAAAUUUUAGAAUAAAAUUAGGUCAUUCUGACAAACAGAGUCCACCUUAAAGAAAAUGUUAUCAACAUGCACAUUAAUUAAACGUAUAACAUAGUUGUCGCCCUUCUUCAUUCUGGAAAAGUUAUUUUAAUUGAUUAAAUGGGUGAACUAGUUAGCUAAAUUAGACAUGAUCAAUAUAUAUUCAACAGCAUUUCGACUUCAGAAAAUUUAGUCUUUUGUGGAGCAAGUAAUGGAAAUAUAUGUGUUUAUGAUAUUAGUACUUGCAAAAUAGUAUAAGAAAUUCUUUAUGAUUUCUCUAUCAGGAAAAGCGCAACUAUAAAUGUCAAACCUUAAAAUGAUAUUUUAAUUUCCUCAAACUCUCAAAGAAAAUCAUUUGGUUCAAGUUUUGACUACAAAGUUAGAAAUAACGAAAUCAAGAAAAAAAACUUUGGUCCUCCUAUCUGCAGCCUUAAAAACUCAAGUGAUGGAAAUUUAUUGGUUGUAAUUUACUCAGAUGGCACAACAAUUGUAAUGGACUCAAAGAGCUAAUCAAUCAUUCAUAAGUAAGUAGGACAUACAGGAAGGAUAAAUUAAAUAGCAUGGGAUAGGAUGAAUAAAAAAAGAUUUUAUGCAGUAGCCGAUGAUGGCUUUUUAUCACUUUGGGAUUUUAAUGGAGAUAGAUGGUUACCUAAAAUGGUUGAUUUAUCAUAAGCAUUUGAUAACUCAAUAAAUAGCUUCAGUAAAACAAACUAACAAAUCUUUUCCGAGUACCAUUUAAGAGAAAAAUCAGAUGAAGGAGAAACUAACAACAGUAAGCAAAAAGCCAUCUAAAUAAAAAGUAUCUGCUUGAAUUCGCUAAAAGAAGAAAUAUAUUGUGGGGAUAAUAAAGGAAAUUUAUAUAUACUAGACCAAACAAGUGGCAAAUAUAUUAAUAAAUACAAUCUAUCAGGAUUUAAAAUCUGCUAAAUGUCAAUUUCUCCAGGUUUUAAAUAUUUGGGAGUAUAUUUGGUGACAGGACUAACAUUACUCUUUGAUUGUACAAAUAGAUUUUAGCUAUAGAUAAAAUUGGAAGAUUCUUAAGAAAAACAAGCAUAUUCCAUUAAUCCAGGUAUAAUUUUACUUGAAGAUUCAACAAAUGCAAAAUAGUCUUUCAAAGAUAGCUUUAGUUUAAAUACUAUCAAUAAUGUAGACAAGAGCUUUUUAUCCAUAUUGCAUGGAACUAAUAAUAAAUCAAAGCAGUAUUAUCAUUCAAGUAAAAGUGAUAAUAAAUUCUUAGCAAUAACAGUACAUAGCCAAAACUCGCUAAGGCUGCAUUCUAUCUCUUAAACUGAUAUCAAUUAAAUGAACUCUAUAGUUAUUGCAAAUUUUUCAGUUGAAGGAUUAAUACAAUCUUUUGCUAUACAUCCAAGUAACUAGUAUGUGCUUAUUCUUUCAAAUAUUGGCUAUGUUUAUGUUUUUAAUAUUAAGAGUUCUGAACUUAGAGGCAAAAUUGAUGUACCUAGACAUUCCUAAAGAAUAAGUAUUGAUCCAAGUGGACUGUAUUUUAGUAUUACAGCGUUUAGUUCUUUGGGAGAGGAUAAAGAGUAAUAUUUAAACGCUAAUAUUUUCAAUAGCAGUUAUAAUUCAGUAAUGAGAACAGAUAAAUCUACACUUACUAUUUACAAUCCUCAGAAAGAAGUUGAUUUAUUCUUUAAAAAAAAACCUGAUGUCAAGCCAAAUAGAGUAGUAUUAUAUGAAAUCGGAACAGGAAAUUUAGUUGGUGAAAUACCAAGUCUAUUUAACAUUGAAUGUAUAUAAUUUUCUGACGAGGGCAAAUUCUUGUGCAUAGGUAGUAACACUGGUAUUCUUUCAUUGUGGUCAACUUGUUAAGAAGUGAGAGAAAAUAUAUUUGAAGUUUUAGAUUAAAUGAAAGUAAAAGAAGAUUUUUGGAGAGAUUUCCCAAUUUAUUUAGCACCCAAAGAAAAUUUACUUGAAGAUAAUAUUUAUGCUAACAACGACAACAAUAAUAACAAUGAUCAAACAAAUAAUGAAGACUACAGAGAAAAAGAAAAAAAACCCUAAGAUGAUAUCAGUGUAAAUCUAUCAACAAGAAGCAUUUAGAUAGGUACUAACUAUUUCUAGAAGCAAGGAGUUCCUAAAACUGGAAGAAAUUCAAUCAAAGACAAAGAGACAAGCCGUAUAAUCGAACCCAAAGGAUUUUACAAUAAUUAAUAGUUUUCACCAGAAUAAGAAAAAUAAUAAUAACUUAAAGUAAAAUCUAUGCAAUUUUAUGAUACUUAAAACAAAUUACCUUUGAGUAGUGUAGGAGGAACUUUUAACAACUUGCAAUUUAAAAAUUAUGAUUAAAAUUAAAAUGAUUAAGGAAAUUAUGAUAGAUUUUAUAGAAGUAAGAAUGAUCUUUUUGCUAUAUAGAAAUAACUCUAAAAUCCACCUAAAACUGAUAUACCACCUUAAGAAUCAAUUAAAGCUUAAUAAGAAAGAUCAAAUUUAACUCAGGAAAAACUCAGAGAAUUAAAUUUUAGAAACAGAGAAUUUGAUAGAUAAAAUGAAAAGUAAAUCGAAUAGUAAAAAAAUGCUCCUAAAGACAAUUAUAUAUAUCCCAUUGGUUAAACAUUCACGCCUAUUUCUUAAAAGCAAUAAUAAGAGUAAUUUUAAAAUCAUGUUUAGUAAUAGUCAUAAGAAAGAGGAGCUAUAGGAAAUCAAUAUUAGUAAUUUAGGUAAAAUCCAAGAGAAAGAUAGUAAGAACCAUCUGAUAUUGAUGAUGAUGUAAUAGUAAAAUAAUUAACCUAAUAAAAUAAUGAAUAAUCUCCUGAUGAAGUCGCUUGGAGGGAACAACAAUGUUAAAAUAAAAAAGUAUUUUCAAACAAUCAAAUGAGAAAACCUAUAAAUAAUAAUAUAAGAGUUUCUUAAGAAUAUGAUGAUAUUCCAAGUCCUUCUAGUAUGAAGUAGAGUGAAAGGUCAGAUUCUCAGUUUGACUAAAUUGAAAGAUUUGAAGCAAAAUUAAAAAAUAACAAGGCUCAAUAAUCAUAGUAUUCAAGAUAGUAUUAAUAUUAACAGCAAUGA